CUCUCUCUUUCAUAUAAUCAUCAUAUUCAUUCAUUCUCUCUUUUUCCCACAUACUACUCCUCUCUUUCUUUUUCUCUCUCUUUUCUUUUCUCCUCUUCUUCUCCGAUCCUUCAUCCUUUCAUAAUCAAUCAAUUCUCAUAAUUUGCACCUUCCUUCGCUUUCUCUCUCCGAGUUGGUUUUGGGAUUGUUCCUCGUAUGUUAUAUUGAUCUCUGAUACUCACAAGUUGCAAGCUCUUGUUUUGAUGAUAACAAGGAUUAACUUGCAACAAGUCUCUACAUUAUGGAUCAAAUGACAGAUUCUGAUAUGGAUCAACAACGGCAAGGCUAUUUUCAUUCUGAACCGUGUGUUCUUUUGAGAGGCCCCAAUGUUGGACAUCCUAAUUUACGCUCAGUGGUGACUGCUUCCGGGAAUGCAACUAAUGUUGAUUCUCACUAUUUACCAGAUGCUUAUGACAAUGCUAGGGUGUAUGGGAUUACACAAUACAAUGGCAUGCAGCCUCAACAUAACCUCGAGAUGGGCGUUGCGGCAGCAGGCAACAUAUAUUAUUCUGGCAUGAAUCCUUCUUCAAGUACCGGUGUUUUCCCUCUGCCUCAUAGAGCCUCCGAUCAGUUGCCUGGUUCAAGCACAUUUGCAAUCUCCGGUGUUUCCUUAGAUAAUUUCGGAAGAAGCGCUGGUUUCAUGGAUGAUGCUAGAGGUCCUUACAAAAGAAAAGUUGCUGAAGGGAUUAGAGGAAACCACCAACAUUUUAAUGCUUCAACUAGUUCUUCUAUUGCUCCCCCGAAUGCAAGACAUGCUGAUGGGGUUGCUAUGAUGGAUACUGCACCAUUGCCAUUCCGUGUCCCUUCCCUCAUUGGAGUAGGACCACAUGGCGGUGCAUGGAGCAGGUCGGGUGAGUCUAUUAUGGUGCAUGACCAUAACCAUUUGAUUCACGGAAACUAUUUGGGGCAACACUUUCCGCCAGCUGCUCCUCCUUGGCUGGACCAGCAAGUGAAUGCUAAUAGCAAUGAUGGCCAUACUGCAGGUUGGAAUCCAUCUGUUCCGAUGCCUUAUAUACAAGCACCCAAUAUUAAUGGAAGUUCGUUAGAGAGUGCAAGUAUGGGUUUGCAGAGGUAUCAUGACACAGCCGGUAACCGAAAUGUCCUGAGGUUUCCUCCUCCGCCUCCUCCUGUCAACCAACAGCACCCUAAUUAUCAUCAUCCAACACUUCCUAUGCAAGGAAUAAGAGGUCACAAUAUCAGCUUUCACCCUCCGGUAACUGCAGCUUCAUUUAGGGUUCCACCAAAUCCUCCACGUGGUUCUGUGAUCCCUCCACAGACUGGUUUUGAGGCAGGUCCUAGGCAUAUCAUCCCUGCACCAUCAACAGGCUUCCGGAUUUACCGACCUCAUAGGCUCAUGCCAGAGAUAGCUCUUGGACAUCGAAGUCUACCUCCCGUGGGCUUCCUCCAAGUUGAUGAUGUUGCUCUGAUUGAUGAAGUCGGAAAUCUGAUUGACCAUCACCGAGAUAUGCGCUUGGACAUAGAGGACAUGUCUUAUGAGGAUCUACUGGCAUUAGGCGAGAGGAUCGGCAGUGUGAACACUGGUUUAUCCGAGGAAACAAUUGCAAAUCAACUAAAGACAAAAGUUUAUUCAACGAAAGCCACUGCUAUUAAUCUGGAGGAGGUAGCUUCUGAUGAUCAGGAAACCGAUUCUUGCAUAAUUUGCCAGGAUGAUUUUACGGACCAAGAGAAGAUUGGGAUUCUUCGAUGCGAGCACAAAUAUCAUGUGGAUUGCUUAACGAAAUGGUUGCUUGUCAAGAACGUGUGUCCGAUAUGCAAGUCAGAAGCUUUGGCACCUGGAAGGACUGAUGCAUAGGAAAGGAAUCAAUGAAUUCCUUUUCUUCCUUGCCUAUAUAUCCUUCUUGGAUUAUUUAUUUUUGGACAGAAUUAUUUUAUGUAAUGUAAUUUGUAUAUGUACUUGCACAUAAUAUAGACAGUUCAUGCCUGCCCAACUCAUUUAAUCUGGGCACUAGAACUUUUGUAUCUAUCAACUUGUACAGACUUUGUUCUGUUGGAUGUAUUUACUUCGGGUAAAUUAUAUCGGUACUUUUUUUUCAUUUAUUA